AGGCAAAGCCCCACCCUCUCCGGAAGAGGGGGCUCUUGUCGCCUUUGCAAGAGCUGCCUUGAUGUCGCCUUCUCCGCUGGGUGAAAGAUGUUCGCCAGCAAUGCCUCUUCUUCCAUCUUUUCUUUGUGGCGGAGGGGAAGCAGGGACUGUGGAACCAGCUCAGCAUUCACUGUCCUCUGAAGACAUCGCUAUUCGUUUCACGGGUGAGCAGUGGGCAUUGCUGGAUCCUAACCAGAGAACGGAAGUCAUAUAGGAGAAUUGUGGGAUCAUGGCCUCUCUUGGUGGUGAUGAAUUGGAAAUGAAGAACAAGGGAGACCAUGAUGAAAUUCACACAGGGGAGAAACCAUAUAAAAAUUUGGAAUGUGGAAAGAGCAUUCAAAGUUCCCCUUCAACUUCCCAUCAAAGAAAUCCCAGUGGGAAAAAACCUUACCAGUGCUUGGAAUGUGGAAAACGCUUCGGUUGGAGGGCUCAUCUCACUCGACACGAGAGAAUUCAUACAGGGGAGAAACCAUACAAAUGUGUGCAAUGUGGAAAGAGCUUCAGUCAGCGGGCCAAUCUCACUACUCAUCAAAGACGUCAUACAGGGGAGAAACCUUUUCAGUGCUUGGAAUGUGGAAAGAGCUUCAAGGAAAAGGCCAAGCUCACUUCCCAUCAAAUAAUUCAUACGGGGGAGAAACCAUUUCAGUGCAGGGAAUGUGGGAGGAGAUUCACUCAUAGUGGCAAUCUCACUUCCCAUGAAAUAACUCAUACCUGGGAGAGGCCUUAUAAAUGCUUGGAAUGUGGAAGGAGUUUUAGUCAAGACUCUUAUCUCAUUUCUCAUCAAAUAAUUCAUACUGGGGCAAGAUCAUAUAAAUGCUUGGAAUGUGGAGAGAGUUUUAGUCAGUAUUCCUAUCUCACUUCCCAUCAAAGAAUUCACAGUAGGGAGAAUCACAGUCUCCCAGAAUCAUUGAAUUGUUGCAUUGGACUGGAUGGUGAGAGUUAUCUGCUCCAACCCCCUGCAACGCAGGAUAUUCAACAAAAGCAUCCAUGACAGAUGGCCAUCUAACCUUUGCUUAAAAUCCUUCAAAACAAAAUAAAAAAAUCCUUCCAGUAGCACCUUAGAGACCAACUAAGUUUGUCAUAGGUAUGACCUUUCGUGUGCAUGCACACUUCCUUCAAUUCCUUCAAAAUCCUUCCAUUCAAGAAGAGUCCACCAGCACCUGAACUAGUUUGUUCCACAGUCAAACAGUUCUUGCUGUCAGAAAGUUCUUCCUGAUGUUUAGUCAGAUUCUCCUUUCUUGUAACUUGAAUGGAUUUGUUUGGGUCCUUCCACUGGAGCAGGAGAAAGCCAAGGUUCCAUGGCACAGCUCUUUAGAUAUUGGCCGAGGGCUAUCACAUCUCCUUCUCAAUCUUCUCUUCUCCAUGAUAAACAUCCACAGGGUUUCCAGACCCUUGAUCAACUCUCAUUUUCCCUCCAAAAGGGCUGGCUCUGCCCCCUCAGGCUAGGUAGCCAAUCAGAGAGAGGCUCCAGCCCCCUGGUCAUGUUUCUGAUGGACUGCAGCACCAGACUCUGCCCGGGCUCAGCUGUCCAUCUCUCUUUCCCUCCCCCUCCCCCAUGCAAAAAAACUCACAAAACAAUCCAGUCUGAUUUCUGCUGCUUAAUAUUGCAUCCUUGUUGCUUUCUGAAACUGUGACUUUAAAGUGGGGCUGCUCUGGAGGGGGCACUGAGCUCUGUCUGCCCCUUGAGUUGGAAAGGUGCCUGUGACUUUGCCCUCUUUGCUGGUGCAGAAGGAAGGGAGUUGCUGCCAGGGAUGGGCAGGCAAAAAAGAAGAGGAGAGAAACCCCCCCCCCCCAGAGGAAAUCUAUAUAUGUGUGAAAGUAAAAAGGACAUGUAGGUGUGUUUCCACUUUCCACCAAAACUGCUUGACCGAUAGAGGCGAAAUUUUGACACAACAUCACAUGCGAAUGUCCGAAGGAUAUAGGAAAGUUUGCUAAGGCAGAUGUCACACCUCUGCCAGGUAAAACCCCCAAAAAACCCUGUUUCAGAACGCACCACUCAGUCAAAAGUGCAUGCUGGGAAAAGAAACAGGUUACAAACCAGCACCCUCUAGCGGCGGCUACACUGGUACUGCACCUAUAAAACUUUCCCUCUCAACAGCACCUUGGCCCCCGUUUACAUACUAGGCCGAAGCCUUUACAGAAUAGGCUGAAUGGAGGUACUGACUCGCCUGG